AUGCAACAAAUUGAAAAUAGUUUAUCAAUUAAAGGUCAAAAUGUACUUAUUAUGUUUGUUGUUGAUUUUCCAGGUCGUUUUUUUGAAAAUUACAUUUCACCGGAUUUAAAUACAGCUAUUGAAGUACUUGAAAGUGAAAUCCCUGUUCAUAUGAUAAGUUUAAAGAAGAAUAUUACUUUAAAUGUUGGACAAAAUAUAUCUGUACCAAGUGAAGAUUAUCAUAAUGUUUAUACAAUUUCAUCAACACCAUCAUGUUAUAUGUAUGUUUAUUUAAAUCAAUCUAAUUUUGAAAUAGUUCGAUAA